CUCUAUCCUCGGCCCCCGGCCAAACCGUCUAUUCCGUUCGCCUAAGGAGCAUGCGCAGCGCCUGAAUCUUUCAGCUCAUACAUAUAUGCAAGUAGCGAAUCCCAUGAGCACACAAUGCGUCGACCACGCUGUGUUACAAGCCACAACAACAAAAACAAGCCAGAUGCCCGAACCCCGAAGCCAACCCAAACGCGCAGAAACGAAGUGGAAGAAAGAUGAGACCAUAACACCGGAUAAUGCAAUAUGAACGCCGUGUGAGGCCCGACAGACGACCAGCAACACACCUAGAACGACAAAUGGAUGAC